AUGAAUAUUUUUCAGUUUACACGACCGCGAAAAAGGUUUGGUCGUCAGCCGCUGUAUUCAGAUCGCAAUGAGGUUUUAUUUGAUGAGCGCUCAAAUCAUGCUUACUUUUAUCAAAAUUAUGUUUUAAAAAAUCCCCUGAACCGUUCUACUAAUUUUUCUGAACAAUUUGCUAUAUCUGAAGCUCAAACAGACAAUGUAACUAUAGCACAUCGUAGUAUGAACCAUACAGAAGGGGGAUGGCCUAAAGAAAUCAAUCAUUUAGAUGAAGAACAAAAUAUUAGACACAGAAAAAAAGUUGAAAGGGAAGAUAAUUGGGGCAAGCAGUGUAUUCUUUUAGCUAAGGCAACAUUACACAGCGUAGCGCAAAAUGCCGUUGUAAAUAUUUAUGAAAAUUACUUUUCGAAACAUUUACCUUUGGAAUUGAAAAAUGAUUUUAAAGCAAUAAAUGUUCAAAUAUAUCAUGAUUUGAAGUAUCCAACACGACCAGUUUCUCAAGUAGAUUGGACACCAACAGAACAAUCCCGCUUUCUUGCAGCUCAUUCAAUUUUUGAAACGUUUCCAACGUUUACUUACGAAAAUGAUUUUUAUAUAUGGGAUUGUCAUAAUCCACUUGUACCGUAUGUAACAUUGCGGUCACCUGUUCAAGCAACAAAAGUGAAAAUUUGCCCAAAAAAUGAUAAUCUUAUAGCUGGUGGUUUGAAGAGUGGAUCAGUUGCUCUUUGGGAUGCAAGAGUAAAUGGUGAUCCCGAAGCGAUAUCACCAUUAGAAGUUGCCCAUCAAGAUGCUGUUACGGCUUUCUGCUGGGUAUUUUCUAAAACAAAUACUGAAUUUUAUACAGGCUCUCUUGACGGUUUAAUUCGUUAUUGGGAUGGUCGCAACUUACGACAUCCAACCUUUGAAGUUUAUUUAGAUCCCAUAAAAGCCGAAAAACAAGAUCCAGGACGUAGUCAUGGUUGCACAUGUUUAGAAUUUGAGUACACAAUUCCCGUAAGAUUCAUGGCUGGUACAAUAAAAGGGCAACUAUUCUUAGGAAACCGACAAGGUACCACACAUUUGGAGUGUCUUUCAUCUAAUUUUAAUGUCAUGGAUGGUCCAAUCGUAUCAAUCGAAAGAAAUAUUUUUUUUGUGAAAAAUUUUCUAAUUAUUGGGGGAUUUUUAGCUAAAAUUUACAGUGAAGAAUGCAAAGAUUUCCCUAUAAUGCGUUUUCCCCAACAACGUUAUGAAUUAACUUGUGCUGUGUGGAGUCCUGCUAGAUGUUCAGUUUUUGUAACAGGAAAUAUGAAUGGUAAUAUUGAUUUUUGGGAUGUUUUAUUAGAUCAAAAAGUACCAACUUUCACAAUGAGCCAAUUUAGAGCACCUAUAUCAACUAUUGCUUUUAAAAGGGAUGGCAAACUGUUAGCGGUUGGUACACGGCAAGGUGAUGUAUACAUGAUUAAGGUUGAUGAAGCAUUUACAAAGAGUGGAUCCAAAGAUAAAGCUCUGUUAUCUGCAAUGUUCGAAAGGGAACUCCAACGUGUUAAAUUAUUAGAAGGAAGAAUUCGAGAGAUAAAUCUAGUUUUUAAAAAUGCAGGAAUAAAAAUUAAUAUGGAUGAAAUAUAUCCCAUCUCGAAACUCGAAGAAGAUGAUGUAUUUUCAAUUGAAGAUGAUGAACCUGAAGAUGAAUCUGAUGAUCAGGCACUUAUUCAUAACCAAGUGAUUGAAGAAAUUGAUCAGGAAGAGGAAAUAAUUGGAGAAGAUGAAAUUGUGAAUACAGAAGAAGUUUCUGUAGAGAGCGAUGAUGACGGUGAAGAAGAGGACGUAAAAGACAUAGAUCCAGAUAUAUGUGAUUCACGGAAAAAAUAUAGAAACAUAAUCCAAACUGAAACAAAUUUAUAUAAAGAGAAAGAUAUCAAUUUAGAAAUGACUGUGUUUGAAGGUGCUGUGGAAGCAUCAGAAUUAGGUAGAAACGAAAAUGGAGUAGAGGAGGAAAUUUAUUAA